UGGACUCACUUGCCGGUCUUUCUUUUUCAGUCUUCUUCUUCUCCUUCUCCUUCCUCGAGAGACAGAUUCGUACACAGAGAGAGAAUGGAGGGCCAGCCGGCAGCUCUUCUUAAAUGCCAGCGAAUCGGCUGCGACGCCACGUUUUCCGAAGACAACAAUCCCGAAGGUUCUUGCCAAUACCACGAUGCGGGACCUAUAUUUCAUGAUGGGAUUAAAGAGUGGAGUUGUUGCAAGAAAAGAAGUCAUGAUUUCAGCUUAUUUUUAGAAUUAGAAGGAUGCAAGACAGGUAAACACACAACAGAGAAACCUGUUUUGGCAAAGGCGAAACCUAAGACGCCUGUUUCUACGUCAGCUCCUGCGUCUGAUGCGUCAGCAAAACAAUCCUGCUCUAGGUGCCAACAGGGUUUCUUCUGUUCAGAGCAUGGUUCACAAGCCAAAGAAAUGAAUUCAAAGCCUGUAAAUGUAGCCACAACGCCACUUACAGAAAGCAUUACAAAUGAUCAAGGCACUUCUGCUCCGCUGAAAAAGAUUAUUGACAUAAACCAGCCCCAAAUCUGCAAAAAUAAAGGUUGUGGUCAAACUUUCAAAGAGAGGGAUAACCAUGAGACGGCAUGCAAUUACCACCCGGGGCCUGCUGUUUUCCAUGACCGAGUGAGAGGGUGGAAGUGCUGUGACGUUCAUGUAAAGGAAUUUGACGAGUUUGUGAGCAUCCCUCCGUGUACCAAGGGGUGGCACAAUGCUGACCCAGUCCAGUAACAGCAGUAGGGAAGGUUGAAGUGUUUUUUUGCCAUUUUUUUGUUCUAGGUUUUGUUAAUCGAACUGAUACAUAUCCUUCAGUUGUCAUCCUGAAUGUUGAACUUCUCUGUUUAGCUCAUUUCUGAAGACCCUGCAUGCUAAGAUGUGAAUUGCUAUCUCGCUCAAUUUCUGUGUUGUACUUCUACGAUCACAUCACUGUCAUCUAAAUUACACUGCAAAUAUGUGGACCAGAACUUUGCAUCAAUAUGCCAUAUCUACUCCCAAACCUUCA